AAUAUUUUGAAAUGGUUAAAAAUAAUAUCUUUUCUUCAGAAGAAAAUGGAGAAUGGCAAGAAUUUCUUGAAAUUCUUUACUCGCCACGUGAUCAAAUUUAUCCAUUAUCUAAUGGAGAAAUCACAGAGAUUAUAGAUAUAACAAUGAUAAGAGAUCGACCGAAAAUCAUGGAAAAUAUUUUAAAUUCGUAUCCCCAAUUUUUUAUAAAUGCGCAACAAUCAAUGAGUCAAGUGCAAAAACGACCUGGAAGUACAUUGGGUAGAAAUCAUUUAACAGAUGAUAUACCAUUUCAAAAUUUUGAUAUGCCACUUGAACUUGAUGAACAUGAACUUCAUGAACAACUUCAUGAGCACCUUUACGAACAUCAAGAAUCUACAUCAUACCAGGAUCAUAAUUUAGGCAAUAAUGGAAAUAAAAUUGGAAAUAAUAAUAGAAAUAAUAAUGGAAAUAAUAAUGGAAAUAAUCAUAGAAAUAAUAAUGGAUCAAUGGAAGAAAAAACAUUGUAUGAUGAAUUUAAAAAGAUAUUGAUUUGUCCAAGAAGUGAGAUGAGCGAUGACGAAUGGGAAAUGGUUAUUUACGAAUGUUUAGAUCCUUGGCCUCAGCUUGUUGCACAAUUUGAAGAAAUCGUUGCAUACGAAAUCAACGAAAUUAGAAAUGAUUAA